AGUGACAUUUAUUCGUGCCAGUAGCGGUAUUGCAAGUUUGGUGUCGACAUGCGUUGGAGUAUAUUGAUUUCGAUUUUUUUAAUUAAUGAACUGGGGGCAUCAGAUAUCGAUGGUCCGUCAAUUGUGCGAGUAACACAAUCUAUUGGUCACACAGAAGAACCUCAUUGGGAUCCCAGAAAAAAUAUUUUAUAUUUUGUCAAUAUACACGCGGGGGAAGUUUACGCUUAUCACUAUUUUUCAAAGAUUUUACGAAAAAUUACUCUAAAUGGCAGCACUUCUCCAGUAAUACCUUCAAGACAUAAUCCAAAUUUACUCCUGGUCGGCGUGAAUAGAUCAAUAGUUGCAUUGGAAUGGGACGCAAAAAAUAAAUUAGGGGACAAAGCUGUUUUAACUACAGUUAGUAAUAAAUAUCCUAAAAGUCGGUUUAACGAUGGAAAAGCCGAUAAAAAUGGAAAUCUUUGGUGGGGUACAAUAGGAAGAGAAGAAAAUUUAGUAGUAGCCCCUAAUGAAGCAUAUUUAUUCAAAAUAACCAAGAACAACAUAAAGCAACCAUCGGUCGCGAUAGCGCCCGUUACAAACAGCAACGGAUUAGCUUGGAACAAAGCCAACGACAAAUUCUAUUACAUCGACACUCCUACACGGAAGGUAGUAGAAUAUACUUAUUUUAACGAAAAUUCCAGUAUCUCGUCAACAAGCAGAACUGCCUUUGAUCUCAACGAUUAUAAUACAACCAUUACCGGAUUACCUGAUGGUAUGACAAUUGAUGACCAAGAUUACUUAUACAUCGCUUUAUAUGGAGGAGGCUCAGUCAUAAAAGUUGAUCCUAAAACUGGAAAACUUCUCAUGAUAAUUGCAAUUCCUGCUAGAGAUGUUACGUCCGUAAUGUUCGGUGGUCCAGGAUUGGACAUACUUUUUGUUACUACGUCAAAAGUCAGUUUGACUAGUAAAGAACAAUUACAAUCUCCUGGAGCCGGAAGUGUUUUCGCAGUGAAAAAUCUGAAUGCCAAAGGCUUACCUGCCUUUACUGCAGAUAUUGUUAAUAGUGUGCCCUCAAGAAAUAUUUUAGAAAACAUCUUUAAUCAGGAUUUAUUUCCGAAAGAGUCCACAAAUCAAAAUUAUGUCCAGGCACCUGGUGAUUCGCAGUCCGGUUUAUGGGAAUCAAUCAUGAAGGUAUUUAGGGGAUUUUUCUAAUAUAUUUUAAUAAACAUGUUAAU